AUGCCGCAAGAAGAAGAAGAAGAAGAAGAAGAAGAAGAAGAAGAAGAAGAAGAAGAAGAAGAAGAAGAAGAUGGAGGAGGAGGAGGAGGUGGUGGUGGAGGAGGAAGAGGAGAGAAUGCCAUUGUUAUUCGAGAUCUUGCAUUUUUGCUACUUAGAAUAAUGAUGAGUUUUCGGCCUCUUGUUACCAGACUGUUAGCAAUUAAAAGCGAUGUGUUCGGAGGUAUCAGCAGAAAUUUUGCCACAAACGUCGAUCUUCCAAAGAUAGGAAUUGGAGUUAAUUAUCGACGCCGCAUAAAAUUUCCUGAUGAAUAUACCGUGAAACCAUUGGAAGUCCAAAACCUCGGUGGGAGGGAUCCUGUAACAGGGCGAAAGAUUGUCAAUGGCAUAGGUGGAGGCAUAAAGCACAAAUACCACUGGGUGGACCUCAAGCGAUCAGGUCCCAAGGAGGGCCCUCCAUUGGUGGAAAAAGUUCUUGAAAUUAUUGUGUGUGGUAACCGUGGUGCUCAUGUGGCCCUUGUGGGCAGCGGAGACCGUCUGCGAUACAUCUUAGCAUCAGAGAACAUGAAACCUGGAGACUUAAUUGAAACAUCAGGCCACAUACCAAGAAAUGCAGUACGAGCCAAGGAAGGAAAUGCAUACCCAUUAGCAGCACUACCAGUAGGUACCGUGGUCCAUAAUGUUGAGAAAUUUCCUGGCGAGGGUGGAAAGUACGGUCUUUCUGCUGGUACAUUUUGUACCAUUUUGCGGCAUUUGGGAGAUAGAAUAAUUGUUCAACUUUCUUCAAAACGGGAGGUAUCACUGGCACGGGAAUGCAUGGCGACUGUUGGAAGGGUGUCAAAUGUAAUACAUAACCAGAUCCCCAUUGGUAGCGCUCAAAGGAGUCGUGAAUUGGGAAACCGUCCCCGGUCGGGCCUGUGGCAGCGUAAGACUGGGCGGCAUGGUCGGAAACUUCGAAGACUUCCUCCUAUUCAGGAGAAUGUGAAGGAACUGUUCAAGAAGCAGAUACCAUCAACAAGUGUGGAACAGAUAGAAAUUCGGGUGACACAGAAGAAUGAAGAUGGCAUCAGAAAGAGUUUCACACAAAAACCAAGUUUACGCAGGCACAUGCGCAUCCACACUGAUGAGAAAGUGUUUCAGUGCACUUUCUGUACGAAGAGCUUUACCCAAGCAGGUCGGUUACAAACACAUUUAAAUAUCCAUACCGGCGAUAAACCUUAUCUGUGUUCUAUUUGUGAGAAAGGCUAUACUCAAAAAGGAAAUUUAGUAAAACACAUGCGCAUCCAUUCUGAUGAGCAACCUUUCCAGUGCCCCAUCUGUCCGAAAACCUUUAGCUUAAAGGAAAAAUUGUAUCAACACGUGGACGUCCAUUCUGAUGGAAAACUUUAUCAGUGUCCGGUCUGUGAAAAGAGCUUUACACUGAAAGCACAAUUGCGUGCCCAUUUGGGCAUCCACAUUUCAAAAUAA